AUGGCUCCAAAGCGGCGCAGCGCUAGCGCACCUCGGCGCGCUGUGGGUGUCGUCCACGAACAUGGCGUCCGCCUGCCCCAGGAUGAGGCCUUCGAUAUGGUCUUCCUUGCCCUGGGCGAUACAGGUUCCGUCAAUCGCAAGCUGCUGAGUGUCCGGGACGCCAUGGCGAGGUGGGUCGCAGAGCAGAAUCACGGGCAGACGCCGGCAUUCGUCCUGCUGUUAGGCGACAACUUCUACCCAUCUGGGGUAAAUUCGGUGCGGGACAAGCAAUUCACGGAGACGUGGUACAACACUUUCAUCCACAACCAGCCCGCUUUCCAGUGCCCAUGGUAUGCCGUGCUCGGGAACCAUGACUACGGCUCGAAGCAUCCGGAAGCUCAGAUUGCAUACACCACUAGCGAGUUGAAUCGAGGCGGACACUGGCAGAUGCCGGGGCGCAUCUAUGCGGUGCACCACGUGAGUAGCACCACCCCUGACUGCAGCGUGCGCCUCUACGCGCUGGACACAAACCCCCUGUCACUCUCCGCAGAGAUUCCAAAUGGCGACCGACAGCUGGCGCAAGAUCUCCAGGAGCUUCAGGAGUCGCUCGCCGCGGUGCCAGAGGAUGAAAGCUCAUGGCGCAUUGUGUUUGGGCACCAUCCGAUGUACACCGCAGGGAAGAACCACGGCCACCAAGGGGUCUUGCUCCGCACCCGCUUCCGUCUCGAGUCGUUACUGCAGGAGCAAGGGGUCUCCAUCUACCUCAGCGGGCACGAGCACUUGCUGCAGUACCACCGUGAGAAUGGAUUGUCGCAUGUUGUCUCCGGCGCCACGUCGACGGCCAAAGCGUAUGGGGGAAUCAACCAAAAGAUGGUGGAGAAGAUGACAUACGUCGACCGGGAACUCAAUGUUGGCUUCACGACGGUACAUCUGAACGCAUCAUUCGCGCGGAUAACGCAUUGGAAUGGAGACUGUGUGCCGGUCUUCACCACUCGCAUCGACAACCCGCGCCAGGGCCUUGGUACUGCCAGUGCCGCGACCGCGACCGCGGCCGGCACGGACUCACAGACCCCUCCUCCAGUUGCUGCUGCUGCUGCUGCUGCCGCGGAGUCUGCCGCGGCUGCUAGUGUCGAUGACGAUAAGCCCGGCUUGUGUGAGUUUUCUCUGGAUCGAAGCUCCAUCCUGUCUGAGUUGAAUGGGGAAAUGGAGGCAGGCGACGAGUUGGUGCACAGUGACGAGGACGACGCCCUAGACGCUGCUUGCGGUGACUUGUGCCUCAGACUUGACUCGACUUCGCAAAAAGUUCGGGGUGUCACCCUUCCCUCCGUGUGCAGCAUCCACGUGAACAACAGGAACCCUGCCGGUGAAUCCCCCAGAUUUGGUAUUUAUGGCGCGCUGGGACUCACCAAAGUGCCGAUCAGGGGGCUGAACAAGAGUUGUCCAACUGGCUGUGUCAGUUGGCGCCACAUGUUUGUAGGUGGACUGCACUCGGUCCCCACACUUUUCAUCUUUUGGUGCUCUCUUACUUGUCCCACUCAAUUGCUGCACUAG